AUUCACAAGAAAAAACAAUCGUCAAAUAUUGCUAAUCGAAAUCCGUAAAAUUGUGUAUUUCCCCACGCCACAGACGUCAAGACACGUCAGCUAGUGAUGGGUAGGUAAGGUAACUUAUAUUCCAAAUUUAUGAAAUAUUUUAUUGAAAGUAGCUUACUAUUACUUUGACAAUUACUUUUUACUGACAAAUAUUCGUAUCUGAAUAUUCCUAAUGUAUAAUAUUUAAAAAAAUGUGGAAAAGAACUUAUAAUUGAUAUCCUUAAAUCGAUAGUUUACUGUCCACUCUCGCGCAUCCCUAUGUAAGAGCUCAUAGACAGUUACCUGUACGCCACAGACGGGAAUGGACGUCAAGCGGUGACGUCAUUAGCGCUACGGGAGUCUGCUAGUGCUUUACUACAUUUAUUAUUAUGAUCGGUGGUAAUAUUAAAAUUUGAAGCAUUAUUAUUGUGCGAGGCUAUAUUAAAAAUGGCUGACAGUCAAAUGACUACUGAAGAACUCCUUCGUGUGUUAGGAAAUGUAGAAGAGGAUGACGAAUUUUCCGAAGCAAUAUCUCUAUACGAGGACGAUUUAGAGUCUAUCACAGAUCGUCAAGAACAAGUCGAUGACUCACCUGUUUUGCCCUCAACAUCUCACACUACUCAAGAAACACCUGACAACAAUUGGGCCUCGACAUCUGCAUCAGCAUCAACAUCCCGCCGUGACCCCCGUCGAAGACAAACGGAGCCGUCCUACCAGUGGACUUCAGUACCACACGUGCCUGCAUUAACUAGCUUUGAUGAGUUUACGUCAGGUCUCCAUUUAGAAGUAACAGAAAAUAUUACUGAAUUCGAUAUAUUUCAAAAAUUUUUAGAUUUAGACUUUAUGUCGUUCAUUGUAGAUAUGACAAAUUUAUUUCACUCACGCUUUGUACUAAACGUAGACCUUCGUAUGCAUUCUCGCCUACAACGGUGGCACGAUGUAUCCAUUCCAGAAUUGUACAUAUUUUUUGCUUUAUUAAUGUUAAUGACUCGAAAUCGACAUUUGACUUUAGAAGAGCACUGGAGUACGGAUGUGUUGUUAUCAUCGCCGAUUUUUUCCAAACUAAUGCCUAGAAAUCGCUUUUGCACAAUUCUAAGCAUGCUACAUUUUUCUCGGCAUAGUGAAGAGACUAACGUAUUAUCAAAAGUCGACACUUGCAUUAAUCACGCUAGGGAAAAGUAUAAAAAGCUUAUGACACCCUAUAAAAAUCUGUGCAUAGACGAGAGCAUCGUUCCCUUCAAGGGGCGAUUAUCAAUAAGGCAAUAUUUGCCAAAGAAAAGGAAUCGUUUUGGAAUAAAGUUAUUUGUUAUGUGUGAUGUACAAACCGGCAUUAUCAUAGAUUUUAUUGUUUACUGUGGCGCAGCUACUGAAAUAAUAGAUCCUUGUAAUUUAGGUGUCGGAGGCGCUGUUGUUUCAACUUUAAUUAGGGAUUUUUUCGGUUCAAAUCGUCAUUUAUAUGUUGACAACUGGUACACUAGCCCGGUAUUGUUGGAUUACCUGCACAGGAAUAAUAUAUACGCGUGUGGUACUGUAAAAAAAAACAGAGUCGGUAUGCCACGCUUUAAUAAUACUAUUAAGCGUGGUGAAAUCCAAGCUAAAUAUUGUCCUCCAAUGACAGCUCUAAAAUGGCGAGACAAAAAAGAUAUAUUUAUUUUGUCAACAAUUCAUAGUGAUAUCAUGGCGCCAUCGUUGAAAGAGGAUAGAGCGACGGGGCUACCAGUUAUGAAGCCACAAGCAGUUUUGGACUAUUCCAAAAAUAUGGGAAGCGUUGAUACGGCUGACAUGUUACUGUCUUCAAUACAGUGCAUUAGAAAAACCAUAAAAUGGUAUAAAAAGUUGUUUCUCCACAUAAUUGAUAUGCACGUAUUAAAUUCUUUUUUCUGUUAUAAGGAAAUAAAUAACAUGCCAAAUUUACAUUUUGCAAAAUUUCAUCUGUCUCUUAUUCGCCAAAUUAUAGAAAAUUUUCAUAGUCACAAUACACUACCUCAGUCCAUAAGCAGUAGUCAUAACCCACUUCGUAUACUGUCGAAAAAUAACAAUGAUCACAUGCCGACCCUUAUGGGCAAAUACCGACGUUGUAGACAAUGCGCAGUUAUAAAAAAAAGAAAAGAAACAAAGUACGCUUGUAAAAUAUGCAAGGUCUAUUUGUGUGCUGCGCCAUGUUUUGAAAAAUAUCACUCGAGUGAUAAUUGACCAAUGUACUUUUUG